AUGACCGACUUUGCCACCACCACAUCGCCGUCCUCCGUAUUCCUCAAGCGACCUGAUACACCCGCUCAGACGACCGAGGAGGAUGGCUACUGGAGCCCUGGGUGGUCUCCCGAGGAUAGGAGACGCCUCAAUCUCAUACAAAGCGGAGACUCUGUUCCAUCCCUCUCAGAUACAGAUCCAUAUCGGCCUGCCACCUACCGAUCCACAGAUGUUGCUCCAUCACAGGAAGAGACCGAAUACGUGCACGACCACACGACCUCUGUACCCAGUUGGGUCAGAGAAGCGGUGGACUCCAGGUCAUUGAAGGAGUACUUUGAUCCAUUGAAGGAGUAUUCUUCUUCCGAUGAUAGCAGAGGGGAAGACUCAUAUUCUGUUCACCCAAGUACAAACACCCCUGAUGACCAGCUUGGCUACACCUCUUCUUCGAGCUCUUUGAGCAAGUGUCCAGCUAGCUCGUACGCUUACUCGCAAAAAACCACCAACAGACCCUCAGGCUCCAACCUCCCCAAACUUAGCGAGAUAUCGGAUGAGCUGUAUUGCCAUCCGAACUACACAGCUCGUAGUGCUGAGGGGGUCGCAAUCGCAACGGCAAUGUCAUGGGGUCCCUCGUUUACUGAAGACUCUGACCUCGAUCUCUCUCGCCCUGCUUCUAGCCCCCCUUCGGAUUUACUGACUCCGCUUCCCCUCUUCAGUGGCGUCCCAAGUCGGCCGAGUAGCGCAGGCGACACCUACACUGUCCCCACGGAUGUCGCAUACUCUUUCUAUGACCCUUCCGCCUGCACCUCGCAGUUUCCGUCGCGAAGCGACAUAAUAUACCCGAAGUCAAGAAGGGCCGUCCGCUCGUCCGACCUGUGCAGCCAGACCAGGGCCAAGCGAGAGUCCAGGCGGAAACGAGCCUACUUAGCGGCCGUCAAGCUCUCCAUGGCCAAAAUCGGCUGGCGGCAGACCAGUGAGGAGGAGUCCUUCAGCUGGGCCCACUCACAGAGCCUAGACCGCUAUCAAACCGGCGCGCCGGAGACCAGUGCCUAUCCCACGACCUCUCGACGACAGUCCGGCCCAGGCGCUGAUUCACUUCAACCGCGUCCUCUCUUCAGCUCCGCGCCGAGAGACGUUUCAUACUCUUAUGCCAGCGCCUCCGCAAGCUCCACACAGUCCAUGUCGCGGACUGGCGAACCAGAUCCUCAACUCAGAAGCGGCGUACAAUCGGUAUACGGCCGCUGUUCGUCCGCCAUAGGCACCGCAGUCACUGGGCGAUUCACAGCGGCAUUCAGAUCGAGACAUGCGACGACCGACGCCAUUGCCGCCCAGAUCCCAUACUCGUAUUAUGACGGUGCGAAAAUGGCGUCACCUUUGUCUGAGUAUACCGGCCGGACGGGCACGAAAGGCCUCUUCAGCUCGGCUUUCAGUCGCUGCUCCGCCUUGGCCAGCAAAUACAGCUGCUCCAAUAUCGCCACCGCCAUCUCCUACAAGAGCACGGCGCCUUUCAAGGGUUAUUACAGAGCGACUGCUGUGGAUGUGGAUGCCGGAACUGGUCGUGAAGGCCUUGCCGCGCGAAGCGGGGGAGGUUCAGCGUAUGAUGAGAGCGGGACUUUUGAGGGCGGUCCAGCGCCAACGUAUAAUUACUAUGCGUAG